UUCUUCGCCCCCCGCCCAGGGGCUGGGUCGGGUCUCCGCGGGCUGGGUCUGGUUCUCGCUGCUUGUCAGGCUGCUUCGGCUCCGGGUCUUCGUAGCCCGGGGAGUGGGCUUGCCCCAGUGUUGGGCUCGUGCCCGUUCGGACCUCACGCGGGUGCCUGCCUUCCAGAAGCGGAGAGAAUUCCUGUGUCUCCUAGCAACCGGGCACCGGGCUGCCGCCUGAGGGAGCGGGGCUCGGGCCGAGUCGUUCAGACAAGGGCCGGAACCUCCGGGCCCGGCCCGAACGGGAGCCGAAACCCGGAGCUGCAAGGAUAAGCCAGCGAUGGCGGACGAGGCGCUGUUUUUGCUGCUCCAUAACGAGAUGGUGUCUGGAGUGUACAAGUCCGCGGAGCAGGGGGAGGUGGAAAAUGGACGGUGUAUAACUAAGCUGGAAAACAUGGGGUUUCGAGUAGGACAAGGAUUGAUAGAAAGGAAAAACACUGUAUUACUUUUAGCUGAUCUUUUUAGGUUUACAAAAGAUACCGCAAGAUUCAAGGAUGAGUUAGACAUCAUGAAGUUCAUUUGUAAAGAUUUUUGGACUACAGUAUUCAAGAAACAAAUUGACAAUUUAAGGACAAAUCAUCAGGGCAUCUAUGUGCUUCAGGACAACAAAUUUCGUUUGCUUACUCAGAUGUCUGCAGGAAAACAGUAUUUGGAACAUGCAUCCAAGGCAAAUUUCAGGUGAUGAUACAGAAGCUGUAGAACAUUGUGGAAUACAAGCUUCAACAGUGUAAAGAGAUAAAUUAUGUGUGAAGUAUUCAGGUAGUAUGAUUUAACUACAGUGUUGGACAUUUGUACAGAACUGAGGGUGUAUUUUAUUAAUCUAAUACAAAACAAGUUAAAGCAGAUAAAGGGACAUCUACUAUGACUUACACUUUACUGGAACUAUUCAAAAUGAAAACCUGAUUUCAAAUAACUAGACUCCAAGUUGUAACUCUUUACUUUAAAUAUUGUUGUUUGCUUAGAGUGAUGUGUAUUUAACCAUAGAUGGAAACACAAAACUCAGGGUUUGUUGAGUUAGCAUAAAGAAAAAUAUGACCAAUCAGAUCAUUUGUGUAAGAAUUAAUAAUUUUGAUAAAGUGGGAAUAUCAGUUAUUUUUAAAAAAUACACUAAGUUAAGCUUUUUAUUGCUUAUAAUUUAUUUGAUUGUUUGUAUAAGGAUUUCAUAUGUGUAUACAUUAUAUGUCUCUCUGUCUGCCUAAAUUGCUUAAAACCUUAAUUUCACUUUAAUAACUUUCAGUCUUUGAGACCUUCAUUAAUAUAAUAAAGGUGAAGUACAUGAUAGUUUAAAUGUUAAUUUGGUGACAUUAGGGCCAAAGAAUAUUAGGUGUGUUGGGAAGGGUGUGUUCCUGUUACAGUUUUUCAACCUCCUGUGGUGCACUGGAAGUUCUGGUAAAGGUUCAAACAUCCUUGUUCUCUUGUCUACUCUUCUACAAUGGACAGAGGGUUAGAUAAUAGGACUCAUUCAUUGGGCCUUAUCCAUUGACAUUGAUUGGACCAUAUCUUCUCAGUGGGUUGAGGUCAGUGUUCAGCUAGUAUAGCUCUUGUAGCACCUUUUCCAGUUAUCUUACUUUAUUUCAGUUAUCUGGCUUAUUAAGUAGGUAUGCACAAUCCAGCUUUUGUUAGAACUCUGUAUGUUGGGGUGUCUUCACUCUGAUCACUAACACUGUACUUUGUUUUCCAUUUAAUUACUAUCCUUGUGCAUAUAUUUGUUUGACAGGGAAUUUGGUAGAAGGUGAUUGGCACAUCAAAAUAUUUCACUGGCUUCUCUGCCAUAAAAAUGAAGGACUAAGGAUAACUUGUAAUAAAAUGAAACAAAAAUUAUAUUAAAAACAGGCAAUAAAAAUAUAAAAAUUUACUUUAGGACAUAAAAGAAAAUUCAGGUUAUAGCCAUACCAUUUUCCUUUCAUAGAAAGGUAUUAUUAAACUGAUAAGAACUGAUAUUACACUUGAUCUUAGCCAAAAGGCUGAGAAGUGAUUAGAAAGUUAUUAUAAAUAUAUCAUUUUAACUUAAAUUAUUUUAAGUAAUCCUAAUUUUCAGAGUAUUUGGGAAGUUUUUAUUUUUUUCAGGUUUUAGAAAAAUAUAUUCAGAGAAAACUGUUCCAAACAUAAAAUAAAAAAAAAAAAAUGGGAUGCUUAGAAAUUAAAAAAGGUUGCAGUGAUCCAGGAAUAGCAAAUGACCCAGAAGUAGAUCAAAAGGAACAAAAUAGACUUUCAAAGCAGGCGUAGUGUACGUGAAUUUUUAAGAAAGGCUGUUUUUCAAAUCAGUGGCUUUGUUAAACACAUUCAUUUGCCUACCCAUCAGUCAUUUUCUCUACCCUCCCUUGCUGACAAAGCCUUAUUUUUGUUUUGGUGUUAACUGUGACUACCCCUACUUAGGAUGUGUUGAUUAGACUUUGACCCACUCAUGGUGAUUGGUUUAUCUUGAUCGCUCAAUGAAGUCCUGGCUAAUGAGACAAAGAGGGAAUACUAGGUUUGGGGGAAAUUUUUUUUGUUACUCUCAGAAAUGGAUACAAGAUAGGGAGCCUCCCCGCUUUCUUCUCAGUGAUGAUGGUUGGGAUGUUUGGACUGAGUCUGCAGCCUCCUGGUGACUAUCAGAGGACACGCAUGAAGGUAAAAGCCACCACCCUGAAAAUAGCAGGAUGCAGACAGAAAGCAGCUGAAUUGUGCUCUAGAAUAACUAAUGCUGAAGAUGCUUUACCUCUGGACUUUUAUUAUGUAAAAUAUUAAAUUCCUUAUUUCAAUCCACUUUGGCUUGGUUUUGUUUUUAUUUGUAGCCAAAAUGAAAUGUUUCUUAUAGAAGCAAAAGAAAAGCAGGGUCAAGAAAUACUGCAGGGGCAGAUGUUUGUGAUACAGCGGGUUAAGCCACCCCUAAGCCAGAAACCUAGAACUCCAUCCUGGCCUCCUGCAUGGAUAACAGGGGCACACUUGGGCCAU